CACCGUCGCCCGCCGUCGCCGGUGAAAUCGAAAGAAAAACAGUUGCUUCACUUACUUGCCAGUGCCAGUUGCCUAUCGGCCUUUGUAAUGAUAGCGUUCGCGCGACGCGCUGUCUUAAAUUUACCCGCCAACUCGUCGAUCUCGCAUAUUAUGACUUAACUUUGUUUAAUCCGACUUUAAAAUGACUACCGUUUUCAGAAAACUCUUGUAUCUCGAACUCGUCUGUUUAGUUUUCUUGUUAUUUAGUGGUCGUGUUAAAGCCGCGAAAAAAAACGUGACUAUCGGAAAGUGUUGUGCUCUUGACGAGAUCCUGACCUACGAACAAAAGUGCAUCAAGUCAUACAACAGCUCCUGGAAUCUGAAUGUGUUUUAUAACGGUUCCUUAACGCCGUACAAAGGAAAACUUCCCCCUAAAUGGGUGCUGAAAGAGAAUUUUCAGCCCAAAUGUGCCAAACCGGUAAUAGAUGCGUUGUCUAAUCGCAGAUUCGUACCCAAUAUGCUUGGCGUCGCCUUGUUGGUGGAGUACGAUCAAAAAAUAACUCCAAGUCAGUAUUGUAUCGAUUACAAUUAUUCGCUGUUUUGCCCGAAUAAUUCACCAGAUGGAGAGCCUUCAGUAUUAGUGAAGAAAUGUUGCGGUACAGACUGGAUCUAUUCAGAAAGGGAGGCAAAAUGCAUCUCCUGGAAGAACUCUUCUUAUAAUAUAGAAGUCGGCCCGAACACAAAUCUGGGUAUCGGUUUUCCUAUUUGUACUGGUACAAAUCAAGUGGUAGCCGGAAAAAUUAACCAAGGACAAGUACUACCUAACGGUACUCUGUGGAUGAAUUCCAGCGGGGUGUCGAUACCAGCGGGCAAUUUUUGUUUGGAAUUUAUACUGGAACAACUAGAUGAGUCUGCCAGUAUAAUAACGUGCCAAAAUUACCUUCCUCCGGUAAUUUUACCAACCUCCGACGAACACGAUGGUUUAAAGUUUACCAUCUACCCCAUCGGUUUGGCCAUAAGUGCCAUUUUCUUGGCAGCUACUCUGGCAGCUGGCUCACUCCUACCUGCCAGUCACCACGUGUUGCACUGGAGAUGUCAAACGAACUAUGUGGCUUGUCUUUUGGUUGGAUAUGUGUUACUGUGCAUUACCCAAGUCGUAGGAACUACGUUGACGUACAGUCCAUGCUUUAUAAUAG